UCCCACAAUGCCCUUUUCCUCUUCCCUCGCCAAUAUGGCGCUGCUGAGGGCUCUGUCGGCCGCGCCGCUGAGCAUCUCUCCCGGCGCGGCUGGUUCUCCGCGGCACAGGCUGCUCCUGGCUUCGUUGCUGUGGCGGUCGGCGGCGGGAGCGGCCGGGGCUCGCACGUGGAAGAGUGGCCGGCCGCCACCGGAGACUCUACAGAUUCUACCAGUAUUAAAUCGGCUUGCAUGGCAAAGUUCAGGGAGAUGCUAUUCAGGAAAACUACUGGAUGCUGCAAAGAAUCUCCAGGGGUGGUCUCAGACAGAUAAAAGAACAUGCUGGCAUGGACAUGCAGGUGGAGGUCUCCAUUCAGAUCCAAAGGAAGGGAUGAAAGGAAUUCAUGGUGGAAAAAUAAUGAAAGCAAUGCUCUCUUAUGUGUGGCCCAAAGAUAGGCCUGACCUACGUGCCAGAGUUGUCAUAUCGCUAGGAUUUUUAGCAGGUGCAAAGGCCAUGAAUAUAGUGGUUCCCUUCAUGUUUAAAUAUGCGGUAGACAACCUCAACCAGAUGUCUGGAAAUGUUCUGAACCUGAAUGAUGCGCCAAAUACAGUUGCAACCAUGGCAACAGCUGUUCUGAUUGGAUAUGGUAUCUCACGAGCCGGGUCUGCUUUAUUUAAUGAAGCUAGAAAUGCUGUAUUUGGAAAAGUCGCCCAAAGCUCCAUCAGAAGAAUAGCAAAGAAUGUCUUUCUCCACCUGCACAACCUGGACUUGAGUUUCCACUUGAGCCGGCAGACCGGAGCAUUAUCAAAAGCCAUUGACAGAGGAACAAGAGGCAUCAGCUUUGUGCUCAGUGCUAUAGUAUUCAAUUUAGGCCCCACCUUGUUUGAAGUGGCACUUGUUAGUGGAAUUUUGUAUUAUAAAUGCGGUGCACAGUUUGCAGUAGUAACCUUGGGGACGUUGGGUGCAUACACAAUAUACACAAUAGGAGUUACACAAUGGAGAACUAAAUUUAGGAUAGAAAUGAACAAAGCCGAUAAUGAUGCAGGUAACGCUGCAAUUGACUCGCUGCUGAAUUAUGAAACUGUGAAGUAUUUCAAUAAUGAAAAGUAUGAAGCUCAGCGGUAUGAUGGGUUUUUGAAGAUCUAUGAAAACUCCUCAUUGAAGACUACCUCUACCUUAGCUCUGCUGAACUUUGGACAAAGUACUAUAUUCAGCAUCGGUCUAACAGCCAUCAUGGUACUGGCUAGCCAGGGAAUUAUUGCAGGCACCCUAACAGUUGGCGAUCUGGUAAUGGUGAAUGGACUGUUGUUCCAACUUUCUUUACCCCUUAACUUUCUGGGAACGGUGUACAGAGAGACAAGGCAAGCUCUAAUAGACAUGAACGUAUUGUUUACACUGCUGAAUAUAGACACAAAAAUUAAAGAUAAAGAGGUGGCUCCGCCCCUGCAGAUCACACCACAGACUGCUACCAUCGCCUUUGAUAAUGUGCAUUUUGAAUACCUUGAGGGGCAGAAGGUCCUCAGUGGCGUGUCUUUUGAAGUCCCUGCAGGAAGAAAAGUGGCCAUUGUAGGAGGCAGUGGGUCAGGGAAAAGCACAAUAGUAAGAUUAUUAUUUCGCUUCUUUGAGCCUCAAAAGGGAGAGAUCUACAUUUCUGGCCAAAAUAUACAAAAUGUCAGUUUGGACAGCCUGAGGAAAGCUGUAGGAGUUGUACCUCAGGAUUCCGUCCUCUUCCAUAAUACCAUCUUCUACAACCUCUUGUACGGCAAUAUGAAUGCCUCUGCAGAAGAAGUCUAUGCCGUGGCAAAGCUGGCAGGAAUCCAUGAUGCUAUUCUCAGAAUGCCCAAUGCGUACAACACGCAAGUGGGUGAGCGAGGCCUGAAGUUGUCAGGUGGAGAAAAGCAGAGAAUCGCUAUAGCCAGAGCCAUCUUGAAGAAUCCUCCCAUUAUCCUCUAUGAUGAAGCCACUUCAUCUUUGGAUUCAAUUACAGAAGAGAACAUCUUGAGUGCCAUGAGGGAUGUGGUGAGACACAGGACAUCCAUCUUUAUUGCUCACAGAUUGUCAACGGUGGUUGAUGCGGAUGAAAUAAUCGUCCUGGAUCAGGGUAAAGUUGCAGAGCGUGGCAGGCAUUUAGAUCUCCUUACCAAUCCCAGCAGUCUCUACUAUGAAAUGUGGCACACACAGAGCAGCCGGAUGCUGAACAGAAACAUUAACGAGAGGUGGGAGGAGAGAAACAAUCACAUGUCCAAAGAGGAGGAGAGGAAGAAGCUGCAAGAAGAGAUCAUCAACAGCGUGAAAGGCUGCGGGAACUGCUCUUGCUGAGGGCGAGCUCAGUUUCCCCCUCCCCUCCUCCUCUGUGCCACGGCUGGUUUAAUGGCGGCAUAAGUUUGCACUGAAGCUAUUUUCUGCAUCCAACAGAAUAAAUCGUUCAGAGAUUUUGUUGGCCUUCUUAAAAAUAGAAAAAGGCUUUUCUCCAUGGACCACAAGUUCUUUAACCAAAGGAUUUUACAUCUGCCUCUCUUCGUCUCUGAUAUUUAUGAGUUGGUAGGGAGAUCAUCUCAGAAUAUCUGACGGUUACAUGUUUUUGGUGAUACAUACACUUUUCCAGUGGUCAUUUCUAAAGUGGCAUAAAUGCCUUUCAUCAGGCCAGAAUGUGAUAGUCUGAGCUACCUUGUGAAAUGUUUGCAUUCUGUUGCUCUUCACCGCUGAUAGUGGAUUAAAAUGUUUUUAUAUGUCACUUUUAGCAACAGCCAGUUAACCCAGAUGCCUCUGGUAAUGGGGAAAAUGACAUUGUUAACAUAAUGGUUGGGUUUGAUAGAAUUUGUAUCCUUUUGUAAAGAAUAACAGAUAUCAAGUCUGUGAUGGCAGAUUCAAAGCAGAAAGAUUUCUGCUUAUUCCCUUAAUGCUUUCCCUUUCUUACAGUGAUAAUUUCUGGGAGGACUAAGCUCUCAUACCUAUCAACCAAAACAUGUCUCUUUCUUAAAACGAUCAAUGCACCUUGCAAGGUGAAAUAAUGAAGGUCAGUCAUCUGCAUUCUCAACUAUUCCUAGAAAUGCACCAGGAAAUUAUUCUAUUAAAUUCUAAUGAAAACUCAA